CCUCCUCCCCCCUCCUCCUCUUCUUCUCCUUCCUCCUCUUCGUCUCCUUCCUCUCUACUACACAUCUCCACGUAGUAGUCAUCGUCGUCCUCGUUUUCCCCUCUUCUUCUUCUUCUUCGAGGGAUCUACCCCACGGAGAGGGGAACGAGGGGGGGGGGGGGGGGGGGGGGGGGGUGGUGAGGCGACAUGGGAAACGUGACCGGGAGGGAGGAGGAGAACGGUGGAGGCGAUGACGAGGACCCCUCGGCGAGAUCGUCGGAGGGGGGAUUCGCGCCCUACCACGCGGGCUCGGCGGAUUCCAUAGGCGGCGGAGGCGGCGGAGAGUCGCCGCCGCAGAGUCCCCGGCGAUCCCCAUCCCCCUUCAUGUUCGCUCCCCAGGUCCCUGUACCUCCUUUGCAAAGACACAGUGAUUCACCUCAACUUUCCAAUCAAGUGUCGACGAACGAACAACAUGGAAGUUCCAAAGAUCCUCCUGAGAGGAAAAUCCCAGUCUUGCUAGUAUGGACCCUAGGAGGAAAGAAAGUUCAUGUAGAAGGAUCAUGGGACAACUGGACAGAAAAGUUAUCCCUACAGAGAUCGGGCAAGGAUCAUUCCAUUUUAAUGUCUCUACCAUCUGGAAUCUACCGUUACAGAUUCAUUGUUGAUGGUGAACGGAGAUUCAUUCCUGAUUUUCCUUGCAUAACGGAUGAGACGGGGAAUACUGUUAAUUUUCUUGACGUCGAUGCGUCUCCGAAUUCGACCACCCACCUUCUCCUGAUUCCAGCUACAGUUGGCAGGAGCCCUCCGAUCAGGACUUUGCGAAGGAGCCGCCCGCUCUCCCACCGCAGCUACACUUCACUGUUCUUGACCUGGAAAACUCCGAGGCAGCAGCCACCGUGAAGCCCCACCACGUUCUCCUGAACCACCUCUUCAUAGAGAAGCCAGGGGGUCCCCAGCCACUCGUCGGUCUCGGCUUCACUCACAGGUUUCAAUCCAAAUACGUCACAGUCGUCUUGUACAAGCCCAUGGAAUGAUAACAUCGCCCGUCCUCAUUCAAUUUCGCAUAUAUAGAUAUGUUCAAAACAGCGGCUUCUCUUAGUUUUACGAAUUUCUAGGAAACACAUCAAUUCAAAUUCUUUUUGCUUUGUACAUGGAUGUGAGAACUUCUGGGUAAUGUUUUACGAGCUGCCCGUCACAUUGGUUGUAUCUGCCAUUCUUUCUUAGGAGCAAAAUGUAAAAAAUUGCCAAAACAGUGAAGGGAUGCCAAAACUAUCAGAAAUUAGUUCGCUUCCUUCUCUCUCUCUCUCUCUCUCUCUCUCUCUCUCUCUCUCUGAGAAACCUGUAGACGUUGCAAUUUAGAUUUAAUACAUUUGGUUUCUGUUGAUUACUGUUUAA